AUGAGCAACGGCAGCAGCAGCAGCAGCAGCAGCAGCGGCUCUGCUGCCGCAGUAUUGCCUUCGCUAGACUUACAGCAGCAGCAACAGCAGCAGCAGCAGCAAGAGCAGCUGCUGCAGCAACAGGGGAUGCUAUCGGUGAUGCUGAAUGGAUCAGCAGCAGCAGCAGCAGCAGCAGCAACUGCUGCUGCUGCUGCUGCUGCUGCUCCAUCCCCUCCAUCUGGUUCAGAAAUAGAGGCUGCUGCUGCUGCUGCUGAGACAGCAGCAGCAGCAGCAGCAGGAGACGGUUGUGUUGCAAGUCCUGCUGCUGCUCCCCCUGAUUCAUCCACUGCUGCUGCAGAAACCCCAGCAGCAGCAAAUGCAGCAGAUGCAGCAAAUGCAGCAGAUGCAGCAAAUGCAGCAGAUGCAGCAAAUGCAGCAGAUGCAGCAAAUGCAGCAGGUGCAGCAAAUGCAGCAGGUGCAGCAAAUGCAGCAAAUGCAGCAGAUGCAGCGAAUGCAGCAAAUGCAGCAAAUGCAGCAGAUGCAGCAGAUGCAGCAGAUGCGGCAGCAGAUGCAGCAGCAGAUGCAGCAGCAGCAAUAGCCGCUGCAGAUGCAGCCGACGCAGCAGCAGCAGCAGCGGUAGCAGACGCAGCAGAUGCAGCAGAUGCAGAAGCCGUAGCAGAUGCAGCAGAUGCAGCAGCAGCGACAGCAGCAGCAGCAGCUGAUGCAGCAGCACCAGCACCAACGGCAGCAGAUUCAGCAACAGCAGCAACAACAGCAGCAACAGCAGCAGCAGCAGCAGAUGCACCAAAUGCAGCAGCAAAUGCAACAAAUGCAGCAAAUGCAGAUCCUCCUCCUCCCUUAUUGAAUAACACCAACAGCAGCAGCAGCAACAGCAACACCAACAACAACAAUAAUAUAAACAACAACAACAACAACAGCAGCAGCAGCAGCAGCAGCAGCAGCAGCAGCAGCAGCGACACCGUAUUUGUUGGUAACUGCUGUUUUUUUAUUUUAUCUCCUGAUGGUCUAAUUUCUUCCGUCGCGGGUUUAGAGAAUCUACCGACUCCUCCUCCUAUGCCCCAAGUGCAGCAGCAAGGGCAAGUGCAGCAGCAAGUGCAGCAGCAAGGGCAAGGGCAAGGGCAAGGGCAGCAGCAAGUGCAGCAGCAAGGGCAAGGACAAGGGCAAGGGGAAAUGCUACAACAAGGACAGAGACAACAAAGUAAUGCAGCAACAGAUACAGAACAGAAUGCUCCUGUUGGUGGACAGGUUGAUUAUCCUCCUACACCUCUAGAUAGAAGAAGAAGGAACAGCAGCAGCAACAGCAGCAGCAGCAGCAGCAGCAGCAGCAGUAGCAGCAGCACCAAUAAUAAUAAUCAUAAUUAUAAUUAUUAUAAUUUCCUUCUUAUUAAUAGACGUAAUAAUAAUAAUAAUAGACAUAACAAUAACAAUAACAACAACAACAACAACAGCAGCAGCAGCAGCAGCAGCAGCAGCAGCAGCAGCAGCAAUAUAAGGAGGGAUAUACCUUUCUCUAUAUUUAGAUCUAAUAGAAGUAAUGCUCUUCUUAAUACGCAACAGCAGCAGCAACAGCAGCAGCAACAGCAGCAACAGCAGCAACAGCAACAGCAACAACAGAGGCAAAGACAGCAACAGCAACAAGGGCAGCAACAGCAGCAGCAGCAGCAGCAGCAAGGAGGACGUAUUAGAAGGGUUUUCUCUGCAGCAGAUAGCAGCAGAAGACAAAGGAUAUUAGUCAGCAGCAGCAGCAGCAGCAACAACAGCAGUAUGGUAGAAGGGGGCAGCAGCAGCAAAUGGUGGGACCACCAGGCAGCAGCAGCAGCAGAAGUAGCUGGCAGCUUGAUGGCCAUCGCCGCAGUGACACUGAAGGGGAAGCAGCAGCAGCAGCAGCAGCAGCAGCAGCAGAUCGCCGCCCCAGUCGCAGCCACAGUCGCAGCAGCAGCAGUAGCAGCAGCAGCAGCAGGGCAGCAGCAGCACAUCCAAGCUCAGCAGCAGCAGCAGCAGCAGCAGCAGCAGCAAGAGAUGCAGGGAGGAGGGGAAGAUUAA